AGAUUACAUUUCACUAGUUCCGCAAAGAGAAAACAGGCAAUGCAGCGCAACAUCUGACAUCAACCAGCGAGCAACCGUGCGGCUAGCGUAACCCAAAAUCUGGCUCAUCUUCGCCCGUGUCAACGCGAGCAGCGGGACGACGCCUUGACACAAGAUAUGAGGAGAGGGUGAAUGAGCUGACUGGUAGAAAGCUCACCUGUUUGUGCUGUGGUGGUGGUGAUGAUGGAGAACAUCGAGGAGCUCUCGCCCCUUCGCAUCACCCCUACAGUCCGGGCUCUGAGCUCCGCGCUGCGGGGGAAGCGUGAAGAUGUCCACGGUUCCAGCCGUGUAAACGGUGACAGGGUAUUCCCUGAACCGGAGAAGCUCUGGUUUAAGGAGAGCAGCGCUAAAAAUCUACGAAACAGGGACUUCUUGUCGCCGACCACGAUGCUUAACACGCUGUACGCGGACGGACAGGUCCCUCCAGCAGUGAUGUCCAGAGUGCUGUCCCUUCGUGGUAGUGGGGUUCUCCCUGUGGCUGGUGGGGAGGUGAUGGGUGAAGGUCUAAGGGUACGGGUGGAUCGGGCUGCCACAUUCAGGGCCGUUCUGGGGGGCGGAGCUGCAGAGUACCUGAAGCCCUUGAGUCAGAGGCAGGGCUGUGUGGUGCUCAACUGCCCCGCACUGCACCCUAAGCCCAACACACCCAGUCCUGACACAAUGAGUUUAGGCCAGCUGAGGACUGUUCUUCUGGCUGACCACAUGGGGGCACUGCUGAGAAGACAGGGAUAUGCCGUGUCCUUCUGCCCCACACUUCCUGAAGACAGCGACAUCAUCAGUUUCCUCCGAGCUCUGGGAAUCGAUUGGCCGACAGCCCCGGCUAAUUGGACGAAUGAAGAGCGGGAGGAGAAGAUUCAGGACUCGCUAGAGAAGUCUCAAUACAGAGAGAGGGAAAUGGAGAGAGGCAGGAGAACUAGCGGAGGGGGAGGGAGGAAAGCAGAGGAGGGAGAGAACGAAGGAGCGCUCAGGAUCAACCUGAAGCGAGUUUUUCAAGAGGAGGGGCUGCCGGGAUACGACCCCAGCCUUGGCACCUGCACGGUUAACAGAGACGGCGUUUCCCAGUUGGCACAACUGGACCUAUCCACAGCUGACUGCACAGCAGCCAUGGUAACAGCGUUACAUGUGACUUCCUGUCAAGAUGAGUUCCGCCAGCAGCAGAUAGCAAUGCUGUGGAGAGCCAGCGGAGCCAAACACACACAGAGGCAUCUUGUUUGUGGGCCUGUGAAGACUCCUGGUUCACACCUGACUGCUGCACAGUACUUGCAGUUGAGAAGAGGUCAGAUGAAAGAGGCCUCUGAGAUGAAGUAUGGAGAUCAAGUAGAAGGUCAUACGUGGGAUGACAUCAUCAAGGUCAUGACCUCUGCUACAGUCAGAUUCGAGCUGCUGUCGACUGUCCACACUAGUCCUGUGACGCUGGACGUCAAGAGGGAAGGCGGUGUGUCGACCAAGGGGCCCAGAGGAGGAGUGUUUGUGAUGUAUAACUGCGCCCGAUUGCACACUCUGUUCGACAGCUACGAGAGAGGAGUGGAGAAAGGUCUUUACCCAGAAAUCCCAGAGGACUCCCAGCUGGACUUCUCUGCUCUGAAAGAAGAGGGUGAAUGGCUCCUCCUGUUCAAUUACCUCAUUCCAUUCUCGGAGCUGCUUGAACAAUCGGGACAGGCACUGGAUAGCGAAGGGGGUGGAGCCAGAGUGAACAUAAAAACUGAACAGAUCUGUAAAUUUCUCGUGUCGCUCAGUAAAGACUUUAGCUCCUACUACAACCGGGUCCACGUGCUGGGGGAGCCACUGUCUCAUCUCUUCAACCAAAUGUUUUGUCGUUUGUAUCUGCUGAGAGCAUUGAGAGAGCUCUACCACAGCGCUCUGGACACCCUUAACCUUCCCCCCAUCAGGCAACUAUAGCCCCGACAUAAUUCGCCCACCCUUCACUGUUGGCUCUACCUCCCUGCCUUCCCUACACACACACCAUAUCCAUGUGUAUUGUGUGUGUCUAGCUGACAUCUUUUUUGGCAAUAUUAAAACAAAUGAUGACAUUUCACAUGCCCACUGUCCCGCUUCUGCAUUUCCCUGUCAGUGUAUUGUGACAUAUUCUAACUGUCUGGUUAUUUCAAUGAAUAGUGUAACUACAGUAUAUAAAGUGAACCCUGUUCUGUUUUUUCUGGGCUGAAAGAUUUUCUUGGAAAAUUUGAGCUGCUUGUAUGCUGUAAAAGAAAUAUUUUGACAUUUGGGUUGCUGCUUAUUUGCUUUCUUACUGACUGAUGAGAAAUUCUUCCUUGUCUCAAGCUGUGUGCUUUUGUACUUAGAAUCUAUUCACACACUUACAAAUACAGCUACAGAAGUGCUGCAUAAUUACCUGUCAGCAACCAGCAGUCAUUCACAGCGAUGGCAUGCCAAUUGCUAGUUAGCCAGCAGCGGCAGCUUUUUUUCUGAUGAAUAUGGUUUGGUAUUUCUUGGAGUUUAUGCCUGUUACAGUGUCAUUUUCACUAUUAGAAAUUUUGGCAAUAUAUUUGCGGUCAGAAGCUUGCAAAACAUAGCUGCUAGCAGUUCAUGUUCUUUAACAUAAAAUGCAUAACUUGCCGUUUUUGAUUUGAGAGUUAGCCAGUUAAAUUCACUUUACAAUACACACUACACUACACUAAACAAGUACUUAAGGUAUAUAGUAUACUACACUAUGAUAUACAUAAUAUGCUACGCAAGACAUAUUGCUUGACACCCUUUGGAUGUAUAGAAAUUUGAAGCUAUUAUAGCUAGUUAGCUUUCCACAGCUAGUUAGUUAGCUAAUUAGCUUAACACGAGUGAGAAAAGAGCGAGCCUGGCUCUAAAUCAAGAUAACAAAGUCCAUCUAUGAAUUUUUAAAGUGUGCUAAUUGGAACAUUAUAACUUGUUUGUUUCAGUACAAAAACUUGGCAUUAAACUCAGUAUUUGGAAGGGGUUGGAUGGUUUCCUGGAAACCUCCAGUUGCCUGGAGACACGAGUAAGCUACUCAUGAUGUUGGGUUUUUUUUUGUUUGUUUGUUGUUUAUUUUAACUCUCAAUGAGAAAGCAAGUAAGCACAUUUUCCCAUAUUGUCAGAAUCUUUCCUUUAAUUUUGGUUUUGUUACUACAUAAUGGAGAAAAUGUCUUUCCCUUAAGCACAGCAAGCGUCAGGAUCUAAAUCGGUUAGAUUGGCAGAGCUGGGAUGCCCUUUUGAAUCCGCUAACCAUAAAUUAAAUGUAUUUGUCCUUUUUACAUAAUAAUCCCCAAAUCUGAACUAGCCGGUAGCUUUAUUUUAUAUUUAGUGCCAAGUUAUAAUUAAGGUGUUUGUCUCAACUGAUCUGUAUUAAGACUUGCCUUAUUACUUAUUACCCGUCUACUCAAUGUCACCAACAACAGUUAAAUCCUCUUUAGAACACAUGUAAGUGUUUGGUCACUGCCUAAAGGAAGAAAAACAACUUUUAUGAGUCUUGUCCAAGUGUUAAAGGUCCCCAUUCAUGGAAAUCUACCACCUUGUAUUUAUUUACACUUAGAAAUAUUUAUUGUCAUAAAAAAUAUAGAGAAAUGUACAGAAUAUAUAUUCUUCAUCUGAGUCUUAAUCACUGUGUUCACAUGAUUAUUAUCCUGCUUGACAAAUCACAGAUGUUACUAUGAAACAGCUGUUUCGGACAGUUAUGGACAAACAUAAUGCAUCGUGUCACAAUCUUAGGACAUGCAUGAAACGGCAUGAUAACAAUAUGUAGGACUUUUAUGCCAAAAAUGCUAUUUGUAAAUUUUGGGAGUGAAAUGAUAAUGAUCGAACAUUGAUCCCUCAGUUUUUGUUGUUUGUGACCAAAAAAUGUGCCAUAGCAUUUUUUUUUAAAAUUCUAUGAUAGUACAGUCGAGUGUCAUUGAUCACAAAUAUCUGACAGAUUUACUUUUCACUGCAUGAAAUGUUGUUUGACUCUGUAAAUGUAUGAUUUAAAAAAAGCAAACUUUUUUCCGUUAGUUUUAUAUUUUCUUUAGAAAAGGGAAUGAGACGUUUACAAUGUGUUGUUUUUAUUUUAGUAGCUGUCCUGUUAGCUGCUGCUGUAAUUACCACAGUAUUAAAACAGAGGAUCUGCAGAGAGACUGUCAUGUUUUCCUCUUACACUCUACACUUCUGCACUACAGCCAUGUCUAAACAGAACUAUGCUGACUUACAUUAGCUUUAUUUUUCUCUUGCUGCCAUGUUUGCUGCCUCGGGCCCCAACACCUGACCUCGGUCGCCCAUCCUUCAUUCUGUUUUCAGUCUUUUAUGCCGACUCUCUGCUUAUAGGCCCUGUUUGUUAUUUUAUUCAAGGCUGUAUUAUACAGUGUAGUUGCACAAAUAGUCCAAGGACUUUCACAUUAUUUUUCCCCAUAAAAAGUUUGACACGAAGGCUUGUUGACUGCAAACCAGACAGCAAUAAAGAUAACUGCAGAAUUGUCAGGAAUGCAGUCAAACACUAACUUCAUCAGUUGAAUCUUUUGAUCAAGUGAAAUUCCAUCUGGAGACCUUGCUUUGCAUUUGCUGCAUGCAUUAUUUACAGCCGAGCUCCCACUAAUUCCCCUGUAAUGAAAAUCUCUGCACCUCUGACCCUUAAGUGUAUUUGUCCAUCUGAAUGUAAAUAACGAUGCCAAACUCUCGCCUACACACAUCUGUGCACCCACAGUUUGUGUGUGUGUUAUUUCCCCUUCUGCAGACUUAAAAAUAAGCAUGACAGACUCUCUCGCUGUAUGUUUGUCUCGAGCUUCAGUGUCUGACAGAUGGUGAUACUGAUACUGAUGUUUUAUAGAUAAAUCCUCUCGUGCUCUGCUCCCCGCUGCCCUUGGAUUCAACAAUAACUCACUCACUGCACAGAUAUGUACAGUUCACUGUGUGCUGCUAACAGUGAUCCUUCACUGAGGAUACAACCCCGCUAGUGUCAUGUGUAAUUUGCCUUUUUCCCUUGUGUAGCCCCCCUCUCCCUUUUGCUGAUCAUUUAUUUCCUCUUCUGACCCUCAUUUAUAGAAGAAAAGCGUUCAUUAACUCUGACUGAAGCCAAACCGAUGGUUUUAUUUGCUUUUAUGAAAUAGUUAUUGAGUCUGCAGUGCUCCAGGAAAAAUAAGACACCAUCUUGAUAUUUUAUAACUAAGGCCCUGUACUUUGUUGAUACCUUGCGACUUUAACCCCGCGCCUUCUUAUAUAUCUCUGCUGUCGAUGUAUACCUGUAUACCUGUGUACUGUAAAUGAUACACAACUCUGUCAUCCUUGUUUUGCUCAGUAAACUGGUAUGAAAACUGGA